UGUUAGUGGCGAGCUGGUAUAAUAGGUAUAGGCCUAUUGGUACCCUUGCACGCGGAGGACUGCACGCGUUCCUCUGAAUGAUUUCGCAUUGGUGGUCUUCUCAUACGUCCAAGGCUAUCGCAUACCCUUUCCUCAGCAGGAAAUGACUCGUAAUCCAAGUUGACCGGGUUUUUUUUCGCGUACCACCUCGAUUUUAUGCAGUGCGUUAUUCUGCCUGCCUUUCAGUUUGUUCUUGUUCUAACGUCGUCCCUACAAAACUGCUGCCUUCUGUGUUCAUAUACGACGCAAGGUACGCCAGAGGCUGUGGCUUACUGGCAUAUGCAUUUAGGGAUUGACGUGCUCUGGUUUGCCUUGCUCUUUGUCUUUACCUUGGUAUCAUCAGUAAAGCUUAAAGAUCCAUCGACCAGUCUUUCAACGUCAACAACCAGUACGCCAUCACCAACAACGUCGAUUUCAGCUUCGGAUCUCUCAGCCUCGAUCUGUCUCAGAGCCCUGCUCAGUGCUUUUUCGGUCGGUUGUUGGUUUAAAUUCCCGCACCAAAGGACUCUUGCUUGGAUGGGAAAACGAUUCAGUUCUUGGAUAUCUUCAACAUCAACAAUGUCUACGCUCAGACGAACACUCGGCACCUUCUACGUCUUGGAACCCGUCAGCCAGUUGGGGUCUACUAGUCGGAGUGGUAGUACCAGUGCCAGUGGAUACGCAUCAGUGUUCGCUUUCUGGUCCGUGUCCGCAUCUGGAUCCGCCCCAAUCCCACGUGUCGUCUAUUAGUGCAGAUCUCUAUUGCCGCCUUGCAUUUGAUUGUCGCUGUCCAGUGCAAUGGGAUCAUUUAUGUAUCGCUUCUCUGCGUGCCGUCAUUCCGUAUUUCAGGAUGUGUCGACAUCUGUCU